AUGUCCAAGUCCAAGGUUUUGCUGGUGGGAGCAGCGGGUGAAACCGGGGGGUCCAUCGUUAAUGGGCUGUUGGACGAUGGCAAUUUUGAUGUUAUCGCUCUUAUUCGCCCUGGCUCGAUCCAGAAAACUUCCAUUACUCGCCUAGUGGAUAAGGGAAUCCAGAUUCGAAAAUGCGACUUGAAGGCUUCAGAGGAACACCUCAUUGAAGCUCUUGCGGAUAUCGAUGUGAUUAUCAGCUGUGUCGGACCCGCCGAGCAACAAGACCAGAUUCCCCUCGCCAAAGCAGCUAAGAAGACCGGCGUGAAGCGGUUCGUUCCAUGUGGGUUCAUUACAAUCUGCCCACCAGGUGGGAUUAUGUGGUUGCGUGAUGAGAAAGAAAUCGUUUACAACCAGAUCCGCCAACUCUGGCUUCCAUACACUAUUGUCGAUGUCGGCUGGUGGUACCAGCUGGCCUACCCUCGCCUCGAAUCUGGGUGCAUUGACUACGCCAUGACGUCUGGCAAUGACGAGAUUGUCGGUGAUGGCAACAUGCCCACAGCUCUCACAGACUUGCGAGACAUCGGCCGUUAUAUGGCCAGGAUAAUUUCCGACCCCCGCACCUUGAACAAGAAGGUCCUCGCCUACAACCUUGUCUCCACACAAAACAAGAUCCAUGAGCUCAUGGAGGAACUUAGCGAAGAAAAGAUUGUCCGGAACUAUGUACCCGAGGAGACGAUUUGCAGCAGGAUGGUGGCGGCACGACAAGCCAGCGAAACCUAUCCCUUUGAUCCGAGGAAAUUCAUUCCGCGUUAUAUGGCCGAAUAUCAAUUCUCGUGCGGCAUCCGAGGCGACAAUAACCCCGAAUAUGCCAAGUAUCUCGGCUACCAUACCACGCAGGACUUAUAUCCGGACUUUAAGCCCACAGAUUUCCGAGAGUACCUCGAGUCGGUUAUCCGGGGCACAGCUGUGGGCAUUUACCAGGAUCGCAUCAUCUCACGGAAGCACCAACGCCACUUCCCUCGCACUGGGUCCAGUGAUUCCCUCUACACGCGCAUAUUCCCGCGGACUGAGUCCAGCGACUCCCUCAUGUCGAGAUAA